AUGCCAUCGACGGGCAUUGCUGAUACUCGUGUCGCAGACUGUAGAUCUGACACGCCUUCUCCUGAGCUCAGUAACUCUACCAACCAUUGGGCCCGCUUCCGAAGCACACACAGGGAGGUUCUCGCCGAAUUUCUCGCCACCACUAUCCUUAUCUGCAUCGGUCAAGCUUCCACUUUGCAGAGCACCCUUGAUCCAGAUGGCUCCAACAAAUUGGCUGCUCUGUCCUAUGGCAUCGGCGUCAUGCUCUCAAUCUAUGUUGCUGGUAGUAUCUCUGAUGCUCAUCUCAAUCCUGCCAUCACGGUUGCUCUGGCGGUCUUUCGAGGAUUUCCAAAGAGGCGCAUUUUAGGCUACGUCGUUGCUCAGGUCAUGGGUGCUGUUGCAGGAUGUAGCAUUGCUUAUGGUGUUUACAGUGCCUUGGGGCCUACUGCAUCCCAACUCGUGACAGCGCCAACGAGAACAUCGUAUGUCUGUGCCUUUUUCAAUGAGUUUGUUGCCUCUGCAAUCUUCAUGGCUGGCUUUCUUGCCAUUUCAGACGUGUCCAAUUGCCCACCUGUCACAGGCACUGAUCCCUUCAUCAUCGCACUCAUCAUCGCUGUUCUUGGCUUUUCUUUUGGCUAUCCUAUGGGUCCCAGCUUAAAUCCAAUCCGAGACUUUGCGCCUCGUGUCAUUGCAGCAUGCGUUACGCUUUCUGGCGAAGUGUUUACUAUGCAUCACUACUGGUUCUUAUGGGGCGGUAUACUAGCUCCGAUCCUGGGCUGCUUGUUUGGCUCGCUCGUGUAUGAUUUAUUCGUCUUUACUGGCGCAGAGUCGCCCAUCAAUUGGCAUUAUGGUAAGAGCCACAAGAGACAUGAAGACGAGCAGGCGCCCGUAUAG